AUGCCGUUUGACACUGAUCGAUGUGGUUUAUGUGACGAAGUGUUUGAUAAAAAGCGACGAUUUUUAUUGAAAAAUUCUCAGAAUCUAUUCAAUUUCAUUACAGAUCUCUACUAUUCAUUACUUCAAAAGCAGCUUUCCAGUGAUGUGGUGAUUUGUGCAACAUGUUAUACAAGACAUUCUAAAAGUUUAAGGUCUGCCAAUGAUUCUCAUGUCGGUGCUCAUGGUAAAGUAGAAUCCAUGGACUAUGAAAAUGUAAUUGCCAUCACAAGAAGCGAAGAAAAAGUCGAUGCGUCAACUCAAACAGAAAAGAUAGACUCACGAAAUGUAAGUAUCAAUUGUACUUUAAUGACAAAGAAUAUUUUUAGUGUUCCAAUAACAAUACCACCAUAUUCAAACAAGUAUUGCAUUAUAUGCAACGCAAAUUUUUCUACUCAAAGAACGGUUACAUUAACUGACAAUGAAAGAAUGAACACAUUCAAAUUCUAUUUGAUUUAUCUACGCGGUGAAUCACGUUGCUGUCGAAACCAUUUAGAAAAUAAUUGUUUGAAAUCUUCUGCUAUUGAAACAUUAAAACGGAAUAAUCCUCAAACAAGUUCCGUUACUUAUGAAUUGUUUUCGACGAUGAUUAAAGAAAUUCAAAUAGAACUGAAAAGAACUUCACAGAGCUUGCCAAUAUUUCAACCUCCACUAAACUUCGAUGAUCCAUUAAAAUACACGGAUGAAGAUUACAAAAUACUCAUCGGCAUAGAAAAAAAUCAAUUUUUUGAUUUAUGUACACAAGUUACUAUGCGCAAUACCAAUAAUCGUUCGGUGGAGAUGGCUAUUGGUUGUUUAUUAACUAAAUUACGAUUGGGGGUAAGCAAUAAAGUCUUGAAAAUCCUUUUCUCGUUUUCUUCUGAUCGUUUAGUAGCACAUAUCAACCAUAGUGCUUAUGUGGCAUUAUUGCAAUCAUUUGUACCACAACAUCUUGGGUUCCAGCAUAUAUCACGAAACAAUAUUAUCAAAAAUCAUACUCGAUCAUUGGCAAAAAAUUUAUUGGCAGAUGGGAAAGAUGUAGCUAUAUUGAUCCUCGAUGGUACUUACAUAUACUGCCAAAAAAGUGCUAACAAUGUUUUACAACGUCGACUUUUCAGUCUUCAUAAGAAUCGUCCUCUGCUCAAGCCAAUGAUUAUUUGUGCUACAGAUGGAUAUAUUAUUUCAGCAGUCGGACCAUACCUUUCAGAUUGGUACAAUAAUGAUGCAUCGAUAACUAAACAUAUUUUAUUGAGUAAUAAAGAAGAAAUUCACGAUUGGCUUGUUGAAAAAGACAUAAUGAUCGUCGACAGAGGAUUUCGUGAUUGUUUGGAUCUUGUUAAUUCCUUUGGUUAUACAACAUUUAUGCCUCUAUUUCUACCAAAAUCAAAGAAGUUUAGUACCAGUGAAGCGAACAGCAAUCGAUUUGUUACCGUACUGCGUUGGGUAGUAGAGUCCGUAAAUGGACGUAUUAAAACAUUUAAAUUUUUCGAUCAUGUUGUGCAAAACUCAUCUCUUCCUUACGUUCAUGGUUAUCUUUCAAUCGUAUGUGCAAUAAUUAAUGCUUAUCGUCCGACAUUUAUUACUGAUACCUCAAACGACGAUAACUUAUCGAAAGCGUUUUUGGAGAAACGGAACAAACAAAAUGAAUUAGAAACAAUAUUGAACGACAAAGAACGAAAUACGGCUCAUAACUGGAAAAAAAUUGAUGGUCAUGAUUCUAUUACAGAUUUCCCCAAACUAACUGAAGCCGAUUUAACAAAUUUUACAUUAGGUGUGUUUCAACUGAAGCAGGCUCGAAGUUAUUCUUUAGAACAUAUUGCGGAAGAUGGUCAAUAUGAGAUUCACGUAUGUAAACAGCAACUAAAUUUACUUCGAGCCAAAAUACAAAGUAAACAUUCUAAUCGAAAAGACUACCAAGUCCUCAUUCAAUACAAUGAUCAAACUGUGACAGCCGCUUGCUGUGGCUGCCCAAAUGGCAACCAGAAUAUUGGCUGCUGCAGUCACAUUGCAAGUAUUGUAUGGUAUUUAGGAAUUGCUCGACACGACAAGCUUAAAUACUUAAAUCAACGAUCUUUAUCGUACAUGAACCUAUUCGAAGAUGCUGCAGAUGUAUCAGAUGUAUCAUCUGAUGAAGAGGAUGAUGAUGAAACAUUAUAUUCCCUCGUAUGA